AUGACACCCAAAGCCGUAGUGGAGCUUCUGGACCGCUACAUUAUUGGUCAAGAUGACGCCAAGCGCGCUGUUGCGGUUGCAUACCGCAACCGCUGGCGGCGCAAGCGUGUGCCCGUGUCCAUCCGGGACGACAUCGUGCCCAAGAACAUCCUGCUCAUAGGGCCCACGGGAUGCGGCAAGACAGAGAUUGCACGGCGCCUUGCCAAGCUUGCUAAUAGUCCCUUCGUUAAGGUGGAGGCGACCAAGUUUACGGAGGUGGGUUAUCACGGCCGCGAUGUGGACACCAUUAUUCGGGACCUUCUGGAGGCGGCCAUCAGUCUGGUGCGGAACAAGCUGAGGAAGCAGAACGAGCAGGCGCUGAAGGCGGCGGUGGAGGAGCGUAUCUUGCGGGCGCUGCUGCAGCAGGAGUCACUUGGUGCAGCGGGUCCCGGUGGGGGCCUGGAGGCGCUGAGGGAGCGGCUGCGGAAUGGUGAGCUGGAGAACGUGUUCAUAGAGGUGGACCUCACCCCGCCGGCCAAUGGCGGGUCGGGUCGUGGCGGCGGCGUCCUGGACCUGGGGCCGGGCGGCGGAGUGCCCGGAGGCCCCGUGGUCAUCAACCUGGAGCGCUUGAUGUCGGGCAAGAGGGAUGUGCGCACACUGAGGGAUGAGUUGCAGCUUCUGGUCACGGAGGUCCGUGAGGCCCGGCCGUUGAUUGAGGACGUGGAGGCGGAGCGCAUGUUCCCCCCCGAGCAGCUGGUUAAGGAGGCCAUUGCGGCCACCGAGCAGGACGGCAUCGUGUUCAUUGACGAGAUUGACAAGAUUGUGAGCGGCGGGCGGGGAGAGCGGUGGCGCAGUGGUGACCCCUCCAGCGAGGGAGUGCAGCGAGACCUGCUCCCCAUCAUUGAGGGUUCCGUCGUCAGUACCAAGCACGGCAACAUCAAUACCGAUCACAUUUUGUUCAUCUGCGCGGGGGCCUUCCAUUCGGUGAAGCCCUCGGACCUCAUGGCGGAGCUGCAGGGCCGUCUUCCCAUCCGAGUGGAGCUCAAGCCCCUCACCCGCCAUGACUUUUAUCGCAUCCUUACCGAGCCUGAGUACAACCUGAUCAAGCAGCAGCAGGUGCUCCUUGCAGCGGAAGGUGUAGAUCUGGAGUUCACUCCGGAGGCGUUGACUGAGAUGACCCGGGUUGCGGAGGAGGUCAACCGCACGCUGGACAACAUCGGCGCUCGCCGCUUGCACGCCGUACUAGAGCGUGUCGUGGAGGAAGUCAGCUUCUCCGCGCCCGAGCUGGUGGCUGCAGCGCGCCGCGAGCAGCAGCAGCAGCAGGAGCAAGGAAGUCAGCAGUAUGUGAUUGACAAGGUCCACGUGGACCGGACACUGAGUGCGUUACUGCAGAAGCAGGAUCUUUCUAGGUACAUCUUGUUGUUGGGACUUGGUCGCGACGCUGGAUUUGAGGAGAUACAGGAUGCUAGGAACUACCUCUACGAAUUGUAUAAAUGGCAUGAGCCGAGCAGGGAGGCCGUUGAGCUGGCGUUUGAUACCGUUAUCCAGGAGAAGUUGAAAUCAAGGCACAAGUAUGGAUUCAGGCCCAUCCGAACGGGGCGGCGUGGUGACAUAAUCGGGGAGGUGAAGGCGUCCUGGGACAAGAAGAUUUAUGACCUCAUCGACCCAACCAUUACCACACGGACACUGAUCAACGAGGCAUCAGUCUUCGCCGCUCUUGCUCUUUGGGCCAUGUUCUCCACGGACCAGUCCUUCCCGUUGGCCGCCGCAUUUGCUUACUCGGUGUACAAGUACCAACAGAAGCGCGUGAAGCGAGAUCCAGAGGGCCCUUUCUUUGGAGGCAACCCCAUUGUCGGCGCCAUUCUCACCACGGUUAUCGUGCUAGCUGCUGCUUGCGGACUCCUGGCGGCGUUGACGACCCCGCUGGCGCCAUUGUUAGGACCGCAGCUCCGGCAGGUCGGGUCUUUCCUGGUUGUUAUGGUUGUGGGUGUCGCCAACGUGUAUCUUAAGUAG